AUGGCGCAAAAGUCGCAAGGCAUACAGACGCUGCUGGAGGCAGAGCGUGAGGCGUCCAAGAUUGUGGACAAAGCGCGUGCAUACCGUACACAGAAACUUAAGGAUGCAACGUCCGAGGCCGACAAGGAUAUCGCCGCGCUGAAAGCAAAGAGGGAGAAGGAGCUGGACGAGUUCAAGCAGCAGAACGAGGGCGACAAUACGACACAGCAGGCUUCGCUUGAUCAGGACGUGCAGCGGCAGGUCGCCGAAGUCCAAAGCGCGUUCACGACCAAGAUGGACACCCUCGUGCGGAAAUUGAUUGACCGCGUCGCUGUUGUGGAUCCCAAGCCACACCGGAAUCUGCGCAAGACCGAGGCGUAG